UUGGCCAGGAGGAAUCUAAAAUUGUAAUAUCUAAAACAGUGACAGGAGGAAGGAAAGUGGUUUGAUUAUCUGCCAAACCGUCCUGCCAUACUUAUCAUUAGCCCCUCCCCCCCCGGCCGUCCGGCAGGAAGGCAGCUUGUUCUGUCUGUACAGGCACAGUGCGUGCAGCGCAGCUCCGCUCUGAAUGGACUAGAUUCCCGGCCACGUAAGAAGCACAGCGGUACUACGGGAGAGGAUGUCCUGCUGAAUCGAGGGAUUGGCCUGGGAAAGUCGGCCGGCCGUCCCUUCCUUCCUCGCUUUCUUCCUUCCAUAAGCUUUCAGCAGCAGACAGACGGGCACUUUUUUUUUUCUUCUUCUUCUUCCAUUGGACAAAAAGAGCAGACGACCUCCUGCACACAAAGAGCCGCAGCAGCAGCAGACUUUCCGGAUGUGGCUUUCUCUUUAUGUGCUACAUGACAAUCACCGUGCAUGGAUGUGAUCCCGGAGAACCAGGCCGUGCACUGACCUAUCUCUGUAAUUACCUCAGAUAAAAACUUAUAUUUGUUAAGCUUUUUUUUUUCGUCUGUGCCUGCAACGUAUUAUUGUUUCCGUUUUACGAAACGUGUCUAAGCAUUCACCGGUAACGAUAAGCUAGCCGAAGUAGCUGGGGGUCGACUCUCCAUUCAUUUCCAACGAAGCUAACUUUUGGUAGCCUUUGUUGCAGCUUUUUGUCUCGGCCGCUUCUCGUCGCUGUUCGGUGGAGGUUCGACUCGGCCCGGCUCUGCUUUAUUUACUGAAUGUCGAAGAGGCGAAGCGGGCUCAGGAAUGGUGGGGAAUUAAAGCCUUUGUUUUGCUGAAUGAAAACUCACACACACAGCUAGCUACAUCCUCAAACAGCAGGUUGGUGCUCRGACUGAAGAGGCGACAACAACAACAAGAGGCUUCAGGUUUUUUCCGCGGAGAUCUCCCACUUUUUAUUCCUCAUGAACAUACAGAGGUCGACUCCAAUCAGCAUUUCACGUCAUGGGAGAUCGCGGCUCAAAUCGCACGACUUCGACGAGUUGUCUUGCUUCAGGACUGCAGAGUCGAACCAGAGCUUCAGCCCCAACCUCGGCUCCCCCAGCCCGCCGGAGACCCCGGACACCUCGCACUGCAUCUCGCGCAUCGGGGACUACCUUUUGCUGGAGCCCCUGGAGGGGGACCACGUUUUCAGAGCCGCCCACCUGCACAGCGGGGACGAGCUGGUCUGUAAGGUUUUCGACAUCGGCCGCUACCAGGAGUCGCUGGCGGCCUACUUCGCCCUGGGCCAGCAUCCGCACAUCAACCAGAUCCUGGAGAUCCUGCUCGGGGAGACGCGAGCCUACGUGUUCUUCGACCGGAGCCACGGCGACAUGCACUCGUUCGUGCGCACCUGCAAGAAGCUGCGGGAGGACGAAGCGGCCCGGCUCUUCUUUCAGAUAGCCUCGGCCGUGGCGCACUGCCACGACAGCGGGCUGGUCCUCCGUGACCUCAAACUGAGGAAGUUUGUCUUCAAGAAUGAGGACAGAAGCCUCGUAAAGCUGGAGAGCCUGGAGGACUCUUACAUCCUUGCUGGUCACGAUGAUUCGCUCUCGGACAAACAUGGCUGCCCGGCCUACGUUAGCCCCGAGAUCCUCAACGCCAACGGCAGCUACUCGGGCAAGGCGGCCGACGUUUGGAGCCUCGGCGUCAUGCUUUACACCAUCCUGGUGGGCCGCUACCCUUUCCACGACGUCGAGCCGGGCUCGCUGUUCAGCAAAAUCCGCAGGGGCCACUUCAACGUCCCCGAGACGCUGACGCCCAAGGCCAAGUGCUUGAUCCGCUCCAUACUGCGCCGCGAGCCCGCCGAGCGCCUCACCUCCCGAGAGAUACUGGAGCACCCCUGGUUCACCUCCUCCGGGGUGCCGGGGGGGUCUCAGGCGCACGGGCGAGGGGAGCGGGAGCAGGAGCAAAUGGUGCCUGAGGUGAACAUGGAAGAAGAGCUCGAGCAUUUCUUGAGCUGAGCGGAUAAUUAAGCGAAACAACAAAAAAAAAAGAACAACAAAGCACAAACACAUGACUUUGCCACGGUCUGCUCGCCACGGUCUCAGCAGAGCCAAAAAACCCCGUAGUUUAGAAAUAAAUAGGUGAGUCUGUCACUUGUAAUAAAGGUGUUUUCAUCCCGUUUUCCUUUUUCCACCAUUUCAUGGAAAACCCUGAGCCUGGCAUGACAAACGGCAUCUGUACAUCACCUGGCAGAGCGCGCCCCGAUCGAGGAUGUUGCCAGACAUGCAAGUUGCAAACGAUGUAGCAAAUCUUUUUAUUAUUAUUAUUAUUAUUAUUAUUAUUAUUAUUAUUAUUAUUAUUAUUAUUUUGGUUUAUUUUUUUGAUUGUGUUAGGUUUAAUGUGGUGCUCAUCGAAGCUGACACUUUCUUUUGACACUAUUGAAAGCAUGAAGGGACAUAUUGACUGGAGGAGGAGGACGAUUCCAGACUGACAAACUGCACCGCACCGUUUUGUAGAGAUUUUUUUUUUUUUUUUUUUUGUCAUAGCUGUGGCUGGUAAUAACUUAAAACCACAGACCCAGAGUCAGAAACGGAAACUCCUGGAUUCUUUUCCUGAACGGAUACACAAGGCAAUUACUCCUGACCUGGGAUCAUUUGUUAAAAGUCUUUGGGGUUUUUUUUUGUCAUUAUCUUCAUUAUUAAAAAAGAAAACAAAAAACUUUGACCUCACCUUUUGUUUAACGGUUCAGCUUCAUGUUACUCGGUUUUGCAUUACAGAAUAUUCUGACAGUCACCAAACUCCUUGGUGGCCUCAGUUACAGACUCUGCCUCGCUUUUCGUUUCGUAACUUACCUAAACCAAUGAUUUCUUUUGCUUUGUUUUUUUUUUCUCAUCUCUUCCUGCUCCUUUUAAUUUCUUUUCAAUCUUCCUUUUUUUCCCCCUUCGUAGUCACCCCAACAUGUCAUCGAGCACAUGGUGUGUUAGGUUUAACGGACAGUUCCGCCURGCUAAAAACUAGCUUCCAUUACUUAAAUCCACCUUUCAGUUGUAGGAACGAAGAAGGUAAUCGUUUAUUUAAAUUGUAACAGAUAUAAAUAUCUAUAAAUAAAUAUAUAUUUAAAGCUACAUAGCAGGGUAUUUCUUUACCGAGAGAUUCCUUUGGUUUACGCUCACAUGACGUAGGCAAUAUCUUUGACACAGGGCAGGAGAGAAAAAAAAUGACCGUCCGAAGUUUUUGAAAAACUCAUCUAUGCCAGUAUUCACGCGUCUCACCCCCCCCUCCCCCGCCGCCAACAGGCCACGCCCACCCAGCCCCCCUCACUUCUAUACAAAACUGAUAGCAGAUGUUCAGUGGUAGUCUUGCUAUGAGAUGGUCUAACCAUGACCUCGUUAGUCUGUGUUGGUUCUGUGAAACCAUCUCGCUCAGAAUGGGUACCAGUGGACGCGUUUUGUUGUAUUUCAACAAUACUUGAACUUUUUUCUUUUCUUUUAUAUAUCUUUUGUUUUAAAGACCUGGUCAUUGGCAUGUGCUCCGUGAAUGCUAUAGCUUUCCUGUCGAGGAAGAGGGUGGGGUUGGGGGGUGGCGGAGGACGCUUGUUUCGGUUCACCGUUUUUCUACUAAGCUAAUAAGAAAAAGAAGAGAAAUCUUUGAUUUGCUUCUUUUCUGGGUUGCUUUUCACUUAAAAAAAAGUAAUUAUUUUGAUUUUUAUUUUUUUUUUGUAGACUGAGCUACCUUUUUAUUUAAGUUGGUGCUGAUUUAGUGCUAAUGUUUAGUCUUUUUUUGUUAUUGUUAUUCCUUGAAGAAAGGGUGUGGGGGGGGUGAUGCAUGGUGGGAUAUCUGCCUCAUGUUCUGAUUGUAAUGUAACAGAUUCUGGUGUUUUGUCCAAAUUUAUUCAGUAAAUAAAAUUGUGAUCUGCUAUUUGA